GUAACGUUCACUAUGGCGUUGAUGAUGCUAGCCAUCAUUAACAGCAACAUGGCAGACCUACCGAAGCCCAGCUACGCUAGAACGAUGCUCAAAGUAUCGCGAAGUCUUCCGGGCGAAACGGAGGAGCGAAAAGUGUUAACCAGCGAAGGAAACGUAGCCACGUUGAUCAUCAAACGCCGAGAAAAAUCCUCCCCCGAACAACAGACACCCAACGAACCGCCAAAAAUUUUCCAAAAUCCUCAAAAUCCAACGUCCGCAACACUCAACGAAAACGUCACAUCGUCGAACGUAUUGAAAGCCGCGAAGCUCGAGCCCAAAACCAAAGAGGACGUCAGGAAACUAGAGGAAGCCCAAAUAGAAAAACUGAGGGCCAAACUGUUAGACUCUGAGGGGCAAAAGAAUUUCUCUAAACACGAAAACGUAUCCACGAACGAAAGAGCGAACGUCACCGAGAAAGUUCGACCGGUGAACGAGGGGAACAUCGAUUACGGUAAUUGGACGCCACUGGGAACCGAUGGACGAGCUGUCCACCUCGAGGAAUCGACGACCGAGGAAGUCUAUGAAAGCUGGAAGCCCGUUCAGAGCGAUCUGAAGACAACCACCGAGGAGAGGACCAAUUACGCGAGAUUCGACGCAGCUUUUCCAGCGGGGGGGUUGCUUCUGCCGCGACAUUUUCAGGACAGGUCGCAGAAGAAGCUGCAACUGGCCGAGGAGAAGCCUCGUUACACGUUUCUGCCCCAUCAGAUUCGAUCCUCGAGGACGAACAUCGGGGCGAACGCGUCGAAGAAUCGUGACGGCAAGAACGUACCGGCGGAAGUGGUCAUCAGGUCGGAGAUAAACGUGAAAUCCAGCUCGAAAAGGUCGCCGAUGACAUUGGAUACAGAUGGCACUCCUGUGAUUCAUGGCAAGAGGGUCCCCGACGAACCGAUGGACAAAGUUCAAACGUGGCGUAACGCGAGAGUGAUUAAUAACAAGUUGAUACACAACAAUGGUGGUGGAUCUGGCGAUAGUUUGGAUGCCUCGUCGAGUUUUUAUCCGGCGGAGAAUGUCGUGGAGAGACAGACGUUUGAGAGGUUCUUUAAAAAUGUUAACAGAAGAUACGGCAAAGACUACGAAGAGGAAGGGAAAAACGUGUACUUCGAAUGGGACCCGAAAAACUAUAAGAACGAAGCUCUGAACGCAGAGGUCUACGAAUCGAAAACCGACAACUACCGAAGCACCUCGCACAAACGAAUGCUGCACCCUGACGGCGUGUCGGUCUACCCAGUCUCCCAAUUGUACACUCCAGAAAGUCAGAAGAUAGCACCGGUCGCUUUGAAACCAGGCGCCAGAGCGCCCGUUCUUCAAUACGCUCAUCCAGAAUUAGGUGUCCAGCCGGCGAAGAUCCUGAAGAACGAGAAACGAAGACCGGACAACUUCCCGGAAAAUCAGUACUCCUUCACGGAGCAGAGACAGAAGAAGAAGUAUGUGUUGAACGACAAGAACAUCGUCGACAGUUACACCACCAAGAACUACUAUCCAAAUCAACAUUUCUACGGGCUGAAGAGGCCGAACGACGCGCCGUUCUGGGUGAAGAUCUCGGAGAACUUGAAGAACCAAUUUUCCAGCGGCGUGGAGAAAAUGUCGCAGCUCACUCGGCCGGUGAUCGAUCCUUUAGUGGAAGCGACGCAUAAAAUCUCGCAGAAUCUGGGCCUCUCGAAAGGCAAGGAAGCCGAGGACAAGAUCGGCACGGUCACUUCCGGCGGCAGUAUCCUGAUCCCAGCGCUGGGACUCGUGGCGUCGGGCGCUGCUCUCGGGAUUGGCGCCGUCGCUGUCGGAAGGUACCUUGACGUGGACGUUCUAAAACGAUCUAACGAAGCUCUGGGCACUGAGGUGGAGUAUCAGAGAGCUCUGGACGCUAGCCAACCUUACUUGAAGGAAAGAACUGAUCGAGAGAGCAGAGACGAGAGCUUGGAUCGGAUGGGCAAAUACGGUGAAACGGUGUACUUCCUUGAGAACGUGCCGCGAAACGAAGAAACGAGAGACAACUACAACGACAAUAAAAGUUCAAGUGACAGUCAGAAUGGUGUUCUGUUGAUCGUCGAGGGGGAUGAUGGAUCAAUGGGGAACGGAGAAAUGAAGUCGAGCAUUGAACGGAACGAGCGGGAGAGCAGUGUUUCGAGGAGAAGGAGGCGAAGUCUGAAUUAUUUGGACAUUUUCCAAGCUGAAGGGAAUCUGAAGAAUUUAAUCAGGGACAAACGUCUUCAACGAAAGGGGGCUGACUCGAUCAGCGAGAUUGUAGAGAUUGAUCUUCCUGCUCGCGAACGGAACGUCGACGUGACGGGGUUUCUUAUUCCGAGCAGAAAUGUGAACGAUCGAAAAAAGAAUAAAGAUUCUGCUGUUUUGAUAAUUGAAGAUGGCCCUUUGGGAUCUCUUCAGAAGAAUCUGGCUGAUAGGAAGAAUUUGGAAAGCGUUGUAGAGAAUCCGGCGAAUGUUGAAAAGAAUUCUGUCGAUGGGAGGAACGAGAGAAGGCGAAGGAGUAUAGAAAGUGAUCAGGAAUUGGAAGACGCUCUUCAGAAUCUGGAGAAUGCGGAAGUUGCUGAGGUGGCUCAUAUCGAUGGAGAUUGGACCAAUACACCCUGUGCCAAAAGGAUAUUCUGUGACGCGAUGAUACAGAGAGGCGCUGACGCGGUUAUUUUGAUGGAGAAAAAGAUGGCUGCUCUUUUGGGCUUGAUUCAGCCGGGGGCAGCUGUCCAAGUGUCCAGCCACUUUCAACAGGUCAUGGAUGCUGUACGAAGACACGAUUGUUCGAGCUUUCUGUGUCCACAAGCCAGGCCAGGGAACUGUCGUGCGAAACGAGAAAUGGAAUUUGCUAUGGGAUGGAACCGUUUUAAUUUGACGUUACUUGGUGUGUGGCCAGAACCGAGGAGAAUAUCUAGAGGAUCACGAUUAAUUUCGAGUGUAAUAUUCUGGUUCACGACUUCCGUAACAUUUACUUUUAUCUGUGCCCCUCAAACAGCGAAUCUGGUAUUAAAAUCAACCAGUUUAGAUGAAGUAAUUGAGAAUUUAUCUAUCAAUAUACCAAUCGCCUUUGCACUAAUUAAGCAGAUAGUUCUAUGGUACUAUAAAAAAGGUAAUUUAGUACUUUUCAAUAUUUACGUAUUAUAACCAAUAUAUAUAUUCUUUGAAUUUGAAAUGGAACGAUCGUCUUCAUUAAGAAAUAAUUAUAACCAUCUAAAAUAAGUCAAUUUUAUCAACUUUAUUAACGCUUAAGUACUAUCUAUAUUCUAUAAUUUUAUUUUAUAUUUUUCGAUACAUUUUGAUAUUAUUCAAUUAAAUAUAAUAUAAUCUUUCAUCGUCAAUAUAUAAAACAAGAACAAUUGAAUUUAAUCUUUAUUCGAUAGUUGUAGACAAUGUGAGAUCUUCAAGAACACCCUUCAGUUUCAACGUCUUAAUAAUACUUAAGAGUUAAUUAAUUAAUACCAAACCGUUAACAAUUUUCUUGACAAUUGAAGACUGGUAUCCAUCAAUUCAAAUCAUUCUUAACUAUUAAUAUUCUCCAAAAGUAUAUCUAUAUAAUUUCUAUCGCUCUAGCCCUAACACUGUUAAUUAGCCAAAUGCUGGACGACUGA